AUGUCGGUCCUCAACCUCUUCAUCCACGCGCCCUCGACGCUCGUAUCCUCGGAGCGGAGGCUGCCAUCGAGCAUCCCGCUGCACGACCUCAAGCACCGCCUCGAGCCCAUCGUCGGCGUCCCGCCCUCGAACCAGAUCCUCGAGAUUCACACGUCGCGCACCGACGAUGCCACAUCGCCAUCGCGGCUGUACCUCCACGUCCCCGCCGGAUCGCCGCAGGAGGCGCAGUCGCUUCUCGACCUCGGCGUCGAGGAAAACUGGGCGAUAAAGGUGCUCGACACGCGGCCAAAGGAGCUCGUCCAGACCUACACCGACGAGAGCCUGGUGGAAAAGUACGAGAUGGACGACGACACCUACGCAAAGCGCAGGGACACGGUGCUCGCCUACAAGCAGCGCAACAAGCUCGGCAGGUUCGACCCCAAAGCCGAAGCGGCAAGCAUCGCCUCAAAGGAGGAGGAGGAAAAGGCCAUCCCCCCCGGGCUCAAGCCGGGCGCGAGGUGCGCCGUCGACCUCGCAGGAGGCGCUGCGGCGGGGAGGAGGGGCACCGUCAGAUUCGUCGGCCCGACCAAGUUCGCAGCUGGCAUCUGGGUUGGCGUCGAGUACGAUGAGCCUGUGGGCAAGAACGAUGGAUCCGUCGCCGGGGAACGCUACUUUGCCUGCCGCAACCUGCACGGCAGCUUUGUCAAGCCCGACAAGGUGACUGUCGGCGACUUCCCAGAGGAGGACAUCGACGACCUCCUGGACGACGACGACGAGGAAAUGUAG